UUUACAUAAUUACAUUCACCUGGUCCUUUUUAUGCGGCCUCCAAUCAAUAAUAAAACCGUAAACAACAGGAAUAUACUGAUAUCUGCCUUUAUAACCAGUCCUGUUUUUCUCCGUCAUCCCAUAUAUCUUACUUUUUCUUUUGCUUCAUUAUCCUGUGCUUCUCUUUCAUGGAUAAACAGCAAGUCUUGGACCUUGUAGACCUGCUCUGGUUCUCUCAAAACAUCUUCUGCCCUUCCCCCCGACCUGAAGCUUCAUCCAUUAAAACCCAACAUCCAACUACUGCUGAACUCAUGGCUGCUCCUCUUCAUUCUCUUUCUACAACAGAUUCAGAAAUGGGUUCUUCUCCACCGUCCAGACCCUCACUGAGAAUUUUCGAAUCAGAGAUUAUUUGUAAGGGAAAAGGAGUUGCAGGUGGGCAUGAGGAGGACCGCAAGAAGAACCACAAGAAGUUUUCGGAGGCUGGGCACGAAAUAGAAUACAUUUCUCUAGAAUCACAAACCAAGCCCAAGAUUUCUCUUCUCCAUCGAAGAUCGUUGAGUGACCAAUCUCUGGAGAAACCCACAUCUAAUGGAGUUUUUGCACCUCCAAAUUUGGAGGUUCGGGUACCACUAUCAUCUGUUCCUCUUUCCACCAAAGAUGUCAUAAGCCAAGAAACCAGGAAACCCAUGUUGAAAAGUGGGUUUAGCUCCCCUAAAUCGGUCUUGCAGGGACCAAAAUUGAAGACAAUAUAUUCCGGGAAAGAAGUUGAAGGGAGAGUGACAAAGGAGAGGACUGAGGUUCCGCCCAAACCUUCAAGACUUGGGAGGCCAGAGAUCCAUAGACAGAUGAAUACACAGGGGAAGAAGAGUUUGAGCAAGAGUCUUUCUGAGUUGGAGUUUGAAGAAUUGAAAGGGUUUAUAGAUUUGGGUUUUACAUUUGAGGAGAGUGAAUUAAGUCCUAGAUUGAAAUCCAUCAUCCCCGGCCUUCAGAGGAUGGUAAAGACAAAGGAGAAAGAGAAUGAGAAGCAAGAAGAAGAUAAUAAAAACAUUUCUAGACCAUACUUAUCAGAGGCAUGGUUAGUGAGAAAACCAGAGAGCAAGUUGAUUCAAUGGAAAAUUCCUGAAUUGAGUCAAGGUAUGGAUAUGAAAGAGCAUCUCAAACUUUGGGCCCAUAAUGUUGCCUCUACAGUGAGAUAAUGAGAGAGAAAGCAAGGUUUAUAACCAUUUUUCUACACAAAAGAGGUUGAUCUUUGUUGUCUGGUCCAUGUAGCUGUAAAUGUAGUUCUGAAAUUAUAAAAGUGGGUGGUGUCUGUAAAUUACAAGAGGUGUUAAAGGCCUGCUUUUUGAGCUUCCUCAA